ACACAUCUAGUUGUGGCCACACUAAUAGUUACAAUUACCUUCGCAGCUGGUUUCACAUUGCCAAGAGGAUUUGACAGCAAUCCCGGCCCUAAUCAAGGCAUGGCAAUUCUAAUAAGAAAAGCAACUUUCAAAGCGUUUGUUUAUACGGAUACCAUUGCAUUUGUAUGCUCCACUGGUGCUGUAUUCAGUUACUUCGCCAUGGCAGUAAGGGUUGUACUAUUUGCUGAAAUUUAUACGAGUGUCCUUUCGCUAUAUGGGCUCGCGACCUUGUUGCAGCUUUUGUCUAUGGCAGCAUUUGUACUUGCAUUUGUUACUGGCAUGUUUGCUAUUUUAGCACAUUCAAUGGGAGUUGCGGUUACUGCCAUCGGCUGCAUCUCAUUCCUUAUCUACUUUAGCAUGUUGUAUAUGGUAUUCAAUUGGGAGUGCUUUCGGUACAUUCCAAACGAAAUAUUAAUGCGUCUCUAAUACUGUACAAUCGAGGGUCUGUCAGAAAUAAUUUCUCUACCUUCACCUAGUAGGGUAAGGUUUGCGUACACGCUACCCCCUGCAAACUUUACU